AUGGUCGAAGCAGAGACGGUGGUGUCUCCUUUCGAGGUAUCUUAUAGAUUGAAGAAGAGCUUUCGAGUAGAAGAUGUUCCGGUGAUUGAUCUGACGGUGGGGAGUGGUGGUCGGAGAUGGAGAAUCUACGGCUGGAAUUCGAUGAUGGUUGUGAAGGAAGGCGUGAUGUGUUUGGCUUUUGUGAAAGGAGAAGAGAUGGUGAUUGGAGGGUAUCAAAUGGAGGAUAAUUUGGUGGAGAUUGAUCUUCGAUUAUCGAAACUUAGUUUCACUUCUUCUCUUCUUCGAUAUAAAACUUCUUGUUCUCAUUUUAGACCACUCGAUCGAUUAUCAUUUCCCGAUUUUGCUAGUCCAAUUAUUUGA